GGUUGCAAUGCGAGUAAUUUGUCGGCUCUGCCACCUGGCCACAACCAAGCAUGAAGGAGCUGCCAUCGACCAAGGCCGAGGCCAAGCGCUGGUACAUCUCGGAAGACUCGGCCGGCUUCCACUGGUGGCCGCUGCCCGUGGCGCUCUUUGCCGUUGGCACACUCCUCUACUCGGGCGCGUUCUCGUACCACGAGGGCUGGCUCGACGAGUUCACGGGCAACCUCACGCGCAUCCAGUUCAACGAUCCCGAUGUCCUUCAGGGCGGCUGCAUGGCCAUCAAUCACAAGAUGACGUGGCGCGAGCUCCGCAACAAGGCGUCCAAAUGCUCGCGCGGUCAGUUCUAUGACCCGCUGCACAACGACUGCUACCAGUGCUCGUCGCCCGUCGCCGAAGACCGCAUCUUUGCGUUGCACUGGGACGCCUCGACAGAGUGCCGCAACCUGCUUCUGCAACCGGACGUGCGCUUUGCCACCCACAUCAUGUGGUCGGCCGCGACGCUGGAUCCGGCGACGGGCGCCAUCGUCAAGCCGGCGAUUCCGGACGCUAGCACGCGCAUCUCGCGCUGCAUGCUCGAGAUGCGGUCGCGCUGCAUCCAGCAGAUCGCCGUCAUCGGCGGCCCGUCGACGUCGUUCGCAUCGGUGCUGACGAGUGACGCCAAGAUUGACGCCUUUGUCGCGUCCGUCGUCGCCCACGUGACCAAGUCCAAGUUUGACGGCGUGCACAUUGUCGACGUGGGUGGCAACGACAAGAGCAACAGUGGCGAUUGGAAGACCAACUACAGCCCGACAGCGGUCAAGUACAUGGCCGCGCUCCGCAAGGCGCUGGACGCAGCGGCCGUUGACGCGCCGCGAUUGACCCUGUCCUGGGAAGAGCUGGCGUCCGCCUUUGAUACGACCUCGAAAACGUACAAUGGCUGCAAAUCGGCCAGCGACGCGUCGGGUACCUAUCGUUGCUUCAACCCCGACAUUGCAGGAAGCGUCGACUUCGUGAGCCUCGAGCUCUUUGGCCGCCACGCGUCGGUGUCGCUACCGUCCUUGAUGCUGGCCAAGCCGUGGGCGGGUGCGUUGCCGUCCAACAAGAUUGUCUUCAACACGUGCACGGCGCCGUCGCCCCUCUGCCGCGGCAGCGUCAACGGCAAGGACGAGCUCGCGAUCGCGGCCAAGACGGGCUCGGACGCGUUCAAGGGCGUGAGCAUUGCCAGUGCGACGGCCGAUAUCGAGGCCCACCGUGGCGCGUCCAUCUCGGCCAUGGGCCCGCUCGGUGCCUACGGUGUGCUCAUGCCGCAGCGCGCGCCGCAGCAGCCGUCCGCCGCCAGAUAACUACAUUCAACAACACUUCUGGAGGGUUGC